AUCUUACGGAGGAAUCCGAGAUAGCCGAUGUAUCACGAUUGGCGUUCAGAUUGGUAUAACGAGUCAUCAGAACACAUAUUUUGAUGACGUAUUUCAACACAGGAAAGUAUGGCUGAGUUUAAGGUUACAACUGGAAGAGAUGGUUCGCGGUCAUUUAACGACCAUGAUGACAGAUGGAGUCGUGGUGGUGGUGGAGGUGGAGGAGGAUACAUGCGAUCACGAGGAAGGGGAAACUUCCGUGGAAACAAUCGGCGAUUCCAGUCACAAAGGGGUGGCUACAGUUCCAACUACCGUGGAGGCAGGGGUGGGUUCAGGGGGAGGGGGCGGGGAGGGGACAGCUUUGGGCCGGGCCCCGGGGCAAGGCUUGAUGAAGAGGGCGACGAAACCAUGGGCGAUUUUAUGGACAGGGGCGCAGAACGAUACAACCCAUACGGUCGUCCAAGCAGGGGCAACGUUCGGGGAAAUCUGAGAUUUGACAACAGAAAUAAGUCAGCACCAGAUCGCGGGACAUUUCGAAGAUUGGGUCUUCCCAUUGACAGCCGAGGUGGCGGAGAAUCUGAGUGGUUCAAAAUUCUGAUACCGUGGGGCAAGAAAGCAGACAAAGAGUUCAUACUGAAGCAGAUUAACACUCACAUAGACACACCAUUUGUUCCAACAUAUUUCCAUUUUGAAGACAAGGCAGCUGUGUUCUAUGUUAAUGAUGGACGGGCAGCAGAUGCCAUCAGAAGUAUAUCCAAGCAGAUCACCAUGCCUAAUGGAUAUAAGAUGACUAUCUUAGUGAAAGGCAGCUACCCUCCAAACAUUCCAAUGGGUGAUGAUGAGAUACAGAAACUGAAGGUGGCCAUGAGCAGCCGUUACGACCCCACCACGAAGGCUCUUAACCUGAGCAGUCUCCAUAGCGACGGUGAACUGUCAAAGCACGAGCUCUACAUGGCGCUAGCCAGGGCCCAGGUCAUGUCCAAUGUUGUGAAGAUCAUCACAGAAAACAUUCCUGAGCUGUGUAGCCUGGACCUGAGCAAUAACAAGCUCCUGAAUCUGGAACAUCUGUAUAGCCUCGUGCCUGCCACUGCAGAUAUGAAAGUCCUCAAUCUCUCAAAUAACAAGCUCCAUGCACUAGAGGACCUACGGAAACUCCAGUCCUGGAAACUGGACUGGUUAACAUUGACGGGCAACCCACUCUGUGAUAAGUUUAAUGAUCAGGCAACCUAUGUCAGUGCUGUGAGAAAAUUGUUUCCAAAACUUCAAAAAUUGGACAAUAAUGACCUUCCUCCUGCCAUCACAUUUGAUAUUGAGGCCAGAACUGACCUGCCCAAAUCUCAAGACAGCUAUUUCCCUAGUGAGGACAUCAAGGUGGUGGCUGUGAAGUUCCUCAAGGACUACUUCCACGUGUACGACUCAGACGACAGACAGGGCCUUGCCCCUGCCUACCAUGAGACGGCCAUGUUCUCCCUCUCCACUGCAUACAAUGGGGCUGUCCAAAACAAGCAAAUGUCAUUAAAUGCUUACAUAGACGGUAGUCGCAACUUGAUAAAGGGCAGCAAGGAUAUAAGCAGAAAACUGAAGACAUUAAAACUGGGUCCCAAGAUUGUAGCCCAGCUGUGUCUGCUGCCCAAAUCUCUACACGAUCCAAACUCCUUCAUUGUGGAUGUCAACUUUGCAUCACCAGAAAUGAUGAGCUUUACAAUUCAGGGUGUGUUUAAAGAAGUGGAUAGCAAAAUGGACCGGCCACCCAUUCGAGCCUUCAGUCGAACAUUUGUCACAGUGCCACGGGGCGCAGGGAUGCAGAUUGUGAACGAUAUGUUGACAGUGACCAAUGCCUCACCAGACCAGGUCCAGUCUGCAUUCAAGAACCCUGCACCCACCCCCUCUUCGAGUCCGGUCCCUCAGUCGUCCCCUGCAAACCCGUUUGUAAAGUUUGAGGUUGCUGUGCUGACCGAUCUGCAGAAACAGAUGGUGGCCAGCUUCAUGAACGACUCUAGAAUGAAUUCAGAGUGGUCCCUCAAGUGCUUGGCACAAAAUGGGUGGGAGUAUGAGCAGGCGGGAAAAAACUUCCUGGAAUUGCAGCAAAAAGGCUUGAUACCAGCAGAGGCCUUCAGUUGACCAGCUUGUCUCACCGCAAAACACCUGGACCAGCUUGUCUCACCGCAAAACACCUGACAAUUUUACUACAAAGUGACAAAAUCACUGAGUGCUUUGAGAUAUGUGAAGUGUAUUGAAAUCAGAAUGUCUUUAUGCUUGGCAUGUAUUGACUUGGAUCAUUGUGUUGCCAUAAUGCAAUUUGGCAAGGUACAUUUAGACAUGACAUGUGUUGGCUUGGAUCAUAAUGUUGCCAUAAUGGAAUUUGGCAAGGAACAUUUUUACAUGACAUGUGUUGGCUUGGAUCAUCAUGUUGCCAGAUGGACUUUGGCUAGGAACAUUUAGACAUGACAUAUGUUGACUUGGAUCAUCAUGUUGCCAUAAUGGAAUUUGGCAAGAGCUAUUAACUAUUGGUUCCAAUGUAUUGAGAGGAAGUGUUCAUUAUUUUACCUUCUUCUAGAUAUUAAAGAGUAAAGAUCCAUUCUUCUUACAUGAAUUUCUAACGAGCAUGUUAGAAACCAGUAAUGGCUUUGUUCUUAUCAUCGGGUUUUAAUUUAGAACAUCACACCUUAAAGUCUCAAUCAGAGAAAUUAGUUUUUGACUAAUAAUUACUGAUAUUAUUUGAAUCUGUUUGUGGCCAGAAACAUGUUUCUAGAUUGUAAGUGUGUAAUGAAUGGUUAACACUAAGUGAAGAAUGCUGUGGCCAUGUUAUAGAAUGUAUUUUAUUUUAUUUAAUGUUUUAUUUUGUUUUAUUAUUUUGUACAGAAAUCAUUAAAUAAGUAUGUCUGUGUUUAUAUAUGUUAAUAAGCAGAAAAUUGUAAAUUCAAAUUGUAAAUAAAUUGUACAAACAUGGUAA